UGCCGUGCCGUACCGAGCCGUGCCGGCCCGGCAUGGCUUCCCGGGAGCGGCUUUACGAGCUUUGGAUGCUCUACUUCGCCAAGAAGGACCUCUCCUACCUGCAGCAGUGGCUGGAAGCCUUCGUCAUGAACUUCGAGAAGAUCAUCGCCCUGCCCUCGCUGGAGCCCAGGCGGCCGGAGGAGUCAGUGUCAGAGAUCCCGGUGCUGCCGCGGGAGGUGCUGCAGGUGCUGAGCCAGAGGCUGGGUCAGUGCGUGGCCCAGGUCCCGCGGGACGAGGCGGGGGGGGCCAGCCUGGGCCAGGCCCUGCUCCUCCUCAAGUUCUUCAUCAUCAUCUGCAGGAACCUGGAAAACAUCCAAGCGGACAAAACCCCCAGCUUCAUCCCGGAGGUGCUGAAGCUGCUGCGGGUCUGCGCGAGCCAGCUGAAAAAUAUCCGGGAGGACGAGCGGGGCAGGAUGCAGCUGGAGAGCGGGAUGCUUUACGCCCUGCAUCUCUGCGAGUGUCUCUUCGACCCCUACCAGACCUGGCGGCGGCAGCUGAGCGGGGAAGUCAUCAGCGCGAAGGAGAAGAGUAAAUACAAGUUUGCCCCGGCCCCUUUGCCCCCCGAGUUUGGCGUCUUCUUCCAAGAGAGUUUCCAAGCUGGAGCUCAGCUCCCUGAAAUGCUCCAGCUCCGGCUUAUCCAUCUUUUUGGGGCCAUUCUCUCCGGAUCCAAGCCCAACGCGCUGCGGGCCAUCACGCCGGCGGCGGUGGAGGUGCUGCUGGGGGUGCUGCAGCGGGGAGGCGGGGGGACCCCCCCGGACCCCGGGUUGUUGGAGCUGGCGUUACGCGGCGUGGUGGCCGUGGUCCACGUGCUGCACGGCGGCAGUCCCGGCGCCGGCCCCGUGCCGUUGCGUGUCCUCCUGGACGGUUACUUCAGGGUGCUCAACUCGGACCUGCCCGUCGCUUCGGUGGCGCCGGAGGCGGCCGGUGGCCUCAUCGCUCUCCGGGUGCUCAUGCUGGAUGCCAUCCCGGCCAUGCUGAGCUGCGAGGACCGGCCGGUCCUCCAAGCCGUCUUUCUCAGCAACAACUGCUUCGAGCACAUCAUCCGACUCCUCCAAAACAGCAAGCUCUACCUCGGCGGCUCACGGGAAGCAGGUGAAGCCCGGGACAAGGGCCCCGCGCGGUCUCCGGAUGAGGAUGGGCUCCAGCAGGCUUUCGACGGCAGUUCCGACGCCAUCGCGGUCCACGCCGUCGGGGUGCUCACCGCCAUCAUGAGCAACUCGCCCUCGGCCAAGGAGGUCUUCAAGGAACGCAUCGGCUACGCCCACCUCUACGAGGUGUUGAGGAGCCAAGGCCAGCCAACCCGACGCCUGCUCCAGGAGCUCCUCAACAUGGCAGUGGAAGGCGACCACAGGUCUUUCCCGGUGCGCCCCAUCCGCAACGAGCAACCCUUGCUCAUCCUGCUGGCCUGGCUGCCGGCGCUGGCGUGCCGGGAGCUGCAGGUCUUCCUCUCGGACUGGCUGCGGCGGCUCUGCGAGGCCUCCCUGCCCAGCCGCCUCACCUGCGUCAAGGCGGGCAUGGUGGGCUGCCUCCUGGGUGCCCUGGCUACCGAGCCAGCGCUGCCGGCUGCCUGUUCCGAAAAUUUACUGGAGCUGCUGCGAGCGUUGGGCAGCCUCUCCAUCCGCCCCGGGGAGCUGCGGCAGCUGCUGCGGCUGCUGCGGCACGAGAGGGGUCGGGGAGCCCACCCCUACGCGGCGCCCGUCAUCCGGGCGCUCUCGGGGAUGGCGCGGGUCGAGGGACCCCCCCGGGCGCUGCAGUGCUUCGACCUGACACCCGGUAUGGCGGGGAUCAUGGUGCCCACCGUCCAGAAGUGGCCCGGCGGCGCCUUCGCCUUCCACGCCUGGUUGUGCCUGAGCGAGGAGGAGCCUGAGCCGCCGGCGAGGCCGAAGAGGAGGCAGCUCUACAGCUUCUUCACAGCCGGCGGGACGGGCUUCGAGGCGUUCUUCACCACCGGCGGCGUGUUGGUGGUGGCCGUCUGCACCAAGAAGGACUACAUGACGGUGGCACUGCCGGAGUUUGCCUUCAACGACUCGGCUUGGCACUGCGUUGACAUUGUCCACAUCGCUGGCCGUCGGCCCUUCGGGCAGAACGUCGUCAGCAUCUACGCCGACGGGCACCUGCGGAAGACGGCGCAGCUCCGCUUCCCCUCCCUCCAUGAGUCCUUCACCUCCUGCUGCAUCGGCUCCGCGGGCCACCGGACCACCACCACCACUGCCACUGCUGCUGGCCACCCGCCUGCGUCCCACGGGCCGGAGCUGGUCUUCCCCCCGCACCCCACGCUUGGCCGCUCUCAGUCUGUCCCUGCCGCCCUGGGCCCCUACGCUUGGACCCCCACGCAGCCCCCCACGGAGGGGGUCGUGGCCACCACGGCAGCCGGCAGCCAGGACACCGAAUGGGGCAGCCCCACCUCCCUGGAGGGUCACCUCGGCUCCGUGGCCAUCUUCUGCGAGGCUCUGCAGCAAGCCCAGGUCAAGGCGCUCUUCUGCGCGGGACCAAACGUCACGUCACCGUUUGCGCUGGAAGGGGACUUGGUGGAGCUCAGCAGCAAACUCUUGCUCUACUACACCCCACAGGCCUGCAGGAACAACAUCUGUCUGGACCUCUCUCCCAGUCAUGGCUUGGAUGGGAGGCUGACGGGGCACAAGGUGGUCAACUGGGACAUCAAGGACGUGGUCAACUGCGUGGGUGGGAUGGGCGUGCUGCUGCCCCUGCUCGAGCAAGUGGUGUCCAAGAAGGAGGAGCCCGAAGAUGAGCAGGAGACCAACGACCUGGUGGGACCAGAGCUGACGUCCUCCAGGAACGCUCAGGGCAUGCUCAUCCCGCUGGGCAGGUCCUCAGAGAGCAGGCUGGAGAGGAACAGCGUGGCCGCCUUCCUGCUGCUGGUGAAGAACUUCAUCCAGAACCACCCAGUGAACCAGGAGAGCCUGGUGCAGUGCCACGGACCGGCCAUCAUCGGGGCGCUGCUGCAGAAGGUCUCCAGCCCGCUGCUGGACAUGAGCACGUUGAUGGCCUCGCAGAUCCUCAUGGAGCAGGUGGCCUCUGAGGGCAGCGGGCUCCUGCUGCACCUUCUCUACCAGCAUCUCCUCUUCGACUUCCGCAUCUGGAGCAACAGCGACUUCGCCGUCCGCUUAGGUCAUAUCCAGUAUCUGGCCAACGUUGUAAAGGACCACAAGCAGCGCAUCCGCAAGAAGUACGGGGUGCAGUACGUCCUCGACUCCAUCCGGACGUACUACGGCACCUCCAGGGAGAAGACCACAGCCGCCGACGACAUCAAAACAGUGCAGACUUCCCUCUUCAGCCUGGUGAAGGAUUUCUUCUGCAGGAGCUUCUCUGGGGAGGAGAUGCAGAGCUUGCUGAACUACGUGGCCGGGGCACAGGAUGAGCAGCAGGUCUGCGGGGCACUGGAGGUGAUCCACAGCCUGCUGAAGGGCUCGCCUGCCCAGGAGCAGCUCUUCACCUUCCUCUUUGAGCCAGGCCACGUGGAGGUCCUCUUCUCACUGCUGGUGCAGAAGAAGUUCUCGGAUGAAGUGCGGGAGAGGGUCUUCAAGGUCCUCUACAAGAUGCUGAAGUACGAGAAGGUCCCUGAGCGCAGCAAGAACCGCCUGAAGCUGAAGGACAUCGGGUACCAGGGGCUCAUCGCCUGCCUCAGUGACGUCCCCAGCUCCAUGCUGCUCUUCCGCUGCCUCUCGGAGCAGGUCCUCGGGGCAGACCCUCCCAACUACAAGGACCUAGUGGCUGUGGUUUACCUGUCUCACCGGGCUGAGCUGACCGUCCGGCUCGAUAUUUGCCGCAAGCUCUUCCACUUGAUCUACGGGCAGCAGGACAUGGUGAAGCAGCUGGCGAGGUUGGCUGGCUGGCAGGACACGCUCACCAAGCUCUACGUCAAGGAGUCCUAUGAGUCCCGCCAGCACAGCCUGAGCAACGCGGGCAACGGGGGCUGCCUGGAGCUCCUCCGCCUCUCGGACCCCUCCAGCAAGGAGGGGGUGAGCCCACCACCAGCUGAGCUGCAGGAGCUGGACGUCUUCCUGCCACUGGGCUACGAGGCCUCAGACCAGGAGCUCUCUGAGGGCUUCUCCGACCACUCCAUCUCCCCCAGCGGCCACACCAAGUCCUUCCACUCUUACCACUUCAAGUCUUUCGACUCCUCCGACCGGGCCAGUCGCUCAUCCUCCAACCCUGGCGAUGGUCCUCCCUUCGAUGGUGUCUACCACCCGCUCUCACCCUUCUCCACCUCACCCUUUGACCUGGGUCUUGACCUGGCCAGCACCAGCUCCAUCGCCACGGCCGAGAGCGGCACACAGACCCCCGCCAGCGGCCCUGGCACCCCCUCACCCCUGGAGAGCUUCAAGCCCUUCCCGGGAAUGCGAGCGCGCAAGAGCUCCAGCCUCUCAAACGUCCUAGAUGAGAGCAGCUACCAGGAUGCGCUGCCCAGUGACAACGUCUCCAACACCAGCAACCCCCAGCAAACACCCGAGGAGGAGCUGUGCAACCUCUUGACCAACAUCAUCUUCUCGGUGACUUGGCGUGGGGUGGAAGGCUGGGACGACGACGCGUGGAGGGAGCGCGGGCAGGUCUUCUCCGUCCUCACCAAGCUGGGGACGGCGUGCGAGCUGGUGAGGCCCCCUGACGAGAUCAAGCGCAGCCUCCUGGAGAUGAUGCUGGAGUCGGCGCUGACGGACCUGAAGGAGUCGGGGCCGGCCACCCUGCCCGGUCUCACCCACAAUGCCCUCAAGCUGCUGCGCCUGCUCCAGGAUUUCUUGUUCUCCGAGGGACACAACAACCAGGCCCUGUGGAGCGAGAAGAUCUACGAGGGGGUGAGCAGUCUGCUGGACAAACUGGGCGUCUGGUACCACCUGGCCAACGGCACCUCCGACCUCAAGGAGAUGGCCCAGACGGGUCUACGCGUCCUCGUAGGCUACAUCAUGCUGCAGGACCCGCAGCUGCACUCGCUGGCGUACGUGAAGCUCCACAGCCUGCUGCAGACCGCCUCAGCCCCCAAAAAGGAUGAGGCCUGCUACCUGCUGGGCAAGCUGGAGACCCCGCUGCGACGCUCGUUGGACGCCAAGUCGGAGACUUUCUCCUGGUUGGUGCCCAUCGUCCGCACGCUCAUGGACCAGUGCUACGAGACCCUGCAGCUGCACCUCUUCCUGCCCUCGCUGCCCCCCACCAACGGCAGCCCCACUUUCUAUGAAGACUUCCAGCUCUUCUGCACCACGCCGGAGUGGAGGGCCUUCAUCGAGAAGCACGUGCAGCCCACCAUGGCCCAGUUUGAGAUGGACACCUUUGCCAAGAGCCAUGACCACAUGUCCAAUUUCUGGAACUCCUGCUACGAUGCCAUGAUGAGCAGCUCCCAGCGGCGGGAGCAGGAGAAGGCGGUCAGCCGCAGGAUGUUCCAGGAGCUGGUGCUGGAGCCAUCGUCAAAGCGCUCCAGGGCGGAAAAUGCCCGGCACGCCAACGUGCUCAAGCAGGCCAACAACCACCACAGCACCGUGCUGAAGCAGUGGCGGUCCCUGUGCCGCCUCCUCACCUCGCCCCGCUCCGCCUGGGCCGACCGGAACCCACCAGAGGUUCGCUGGAAGCUGUCGAGCGCUGAGACCUACUCUAGGAUGAGGCUGAAGUUGGUGCCCAACCUGAAUUUUGACCAACACUUGGAGGCCAGUGCCCUGCGGGACAAUUUGGGAGCUGAUCACCUCCACAACCCCGCUGAGUCCCUCCCGCUCGCCAUGGCCAAGGAGGCCAAGGUGAGUGAACUGGAGGAUGACCAACUGGCCGAGGAGGACCUCCCCGUCCUGGACAACCAAGCUGAGCCCAAGGAGCAGAACCAGCGGGAGAAGCUGGUGGUCUCAGAGGACUGCGAGCUCAUCACGACGGUGGCCGUGGUCCCCGGCCGCUUAGAGGUGACAACCCAGCACGUCUACUUCUACGAUGGCAGCAGCGAGAAGGAGGAGACAGAGGGAGGGAUCGGCUACGACUUCAAGCGCCCCUUGUCCCACCUGCGUGAGGUCCACCUGCGCCGCUACAACCUGCGCCGCUCCGCCCUCGAGCUCUUCUUCAUCGACCAGGCCAACUACUUCCUCAACUUCAAAAAAAAGGUGGGUGGUGGCACCCUUCCCUCUACCGUCCCCAAAACCUUCCCGGUGCCACGGCACCGCCCGACUGUGACCACUCCACAUCUUCUCACUCAGGUGAGGAACAAGGUCUACUCCUGCAUCCUUGGCCUGCGUCCCCCCAGCCAGAUCUACUUCGGCAGCCGGUCGCCCCAAGAGCUGUUGAAAGCCUCGGGGCUCACACAGAAAUGGGUCCUGCGGGAGAUCUCCAACUUCGAGUACCUCAUGCAGCUGAACACGAUCGCAGGGCGCACCUACAACGACCUCUCCCAGUACCCCGUGUUCCCCUGGAUCCUGCGGGAUUACGUCUCAGAGACCCUCGACCUCACCGACCCGGCCGUGUUUCGGGACCUGUCCAAGCCCAUCGGGGUGGCCAACGAGCGGCACGCCCGGGAUGUGAAGGAGAAGUACGAGAGCUUCGAGGACCCCACGGGCACCGUGGACAAGUUCCACUACGGCACGCACUACUCCAACGCGGCGGGCGUCAUGCACUACCUGAUCCGCACCGAGCCCUUCACCACCCUCCACAUCCAGCUGCAGAGCGGCAGGUUUGACUGCUCGGACCGGCAGUUCCACUCGGUGCCAGCGGCAUGGCAAGCCCGCAUGGAGAACCCCGUGGACGUCAAGGAGCUCAUCCCUGAGUUCUUCUACUUCCCCGAGUUCCUGGAGAACCAGAACGGUUUCGACUUGGGCUGCCUGCAGCUCUCCAACGAGAAGGUGGGCGACGUGGUGCUGCCCCGGUGGGCGCGCUCCCGCGAGGACUUCAUCUACCAGCACCGCAAAGCCCUGGAGUCCGAGUACGUCUCGGCCCACCUCCACGAGUGGAUCGACCUCAUUUUCGGGUACAAGCAGCGAGGCCCGGCUGCCGUGGAGGCCCUCAACGUCUUCUACUAUUGCACCUAUGAAGGGGCCGUCGACCUGGACGCCAUCGCCGAUGAGACGCAGAGGAAAGCUCUGGAGGGCAUCAUCAGCAACUUUGGGCAGACGCCCUGCCAGCUGCUCAAGGAACCCCAUCCUGCCCGGCUGUCAGCAGAGAGCGCUGCCCGGAGGCUGGCCCGCCUCGACACCCGUUCACCCAACGUCUUUGAGAACCUGGACCAGCUCAAGUCCUUCUUUGUGGAGGGCAUCAGCGAUGGGGUGGCCCUGGUGCAAGCCGUGGUCCCCAAGAACCAGGCGCACUCCUUCAUCACUCAGGGAUCACCCGACGUCCUGGUCACCGUGAGUGCCAACGGCUUGUUGGGGACCCAUAACUGGUUACCCUACGACAAGAACAUCUCCAACUACUUCAGCUUCACCAAAGACCCCACUGUCUCCAACGCAAAGACCCAGCGCUUCCUGCAGGGCCCCUUCGCCCCCGGCGCGGACCUCUGCUCCCGCACACUGGCCGUGUCCCCCGACGGGAAGCUGCUCUUCAGCGGGGGACACUGGGACAACAGCCUCCGCAUCACCUCGCUGGCCAAAGGGAAGGUUGUUGGGCACAUCACCCGGCACAUAGAUGUUGUCACCUGCCUGGCGCUUGACCUCUGCGGCAUCUACCUCAUUUCUGGAUCCCGAGACACCACCUGCAUGGUGUGGCAGGUCCUACAGCAGGGUGGGUUUUCCAGUGGCUUGGCUCCCAAACCCGUCCAGGUCCUGUACGGCCACGACGCCGAGGUGACGUGCGUGGCCAUCAGCACCGAGCUGGACAUGGUGGUGUCGGGCUCCAAGGACGGCACCAUCAUCAUCCACACCAUCCGCCGGGGGCUCUUCAUCCGGUCCUUGCGGCCGCCCGGUGAGAGCUCACCACCCGCCGUCCUCUCCCACCUGGCUGUGGGGCCGGAGGGGCAAGUGGUGGCCCAGACCGCCGUUGGUCAACGGGCCUGCUUGAAGGACAGGUUCGCGCUGCACCUCUACUCGGUGAACGGGAAGCACCUCUCCUCCGUCCCCUUGGACGAGGAGGUGACCGCCAUGUGCUUGACCGAGGACUUCGUGGUGCUGGGGACCAUGCAGUGCGGGCUGGAGAUCCGUGACCUCCAGAGCCUCCGGGUGGCCGUGCCCCCCGUGCCCAUGCGGGUGCCCGUCCACAGCGUCUCGGUCACCAAGGAGAAGAGUCACAUCUUGGUGGGGUUGGAGGAUGGCAAGCUCAUCGUGGUGGGGGCUGGGCAGCCUGCUGAGGUGCGGCCCGGCCAGUUCCACCGGCGGCUCUGGCGUUCCACGCGCCGCAUCUCCCAGGUCUCGGCCGGCGAGACGGAGUACAACCCCCCCGAGGGCAAGGCCUAGAGCCCCCCCCCAAAGGGGCACCCCCCGCACCCCCAAAAGCCAGGGUUGGGGGGAAGGGGGGGGAGCGGGCAGAGAGCCCCACACCCUGCUCAGCCCAUCGCCUGUGGCCUUAUCCAGCCCCCACUGUGGGGGGGGUAUAAAAUUGCCACACACACCCCCACACACACACACAAUUUUAGGGGGACACGUCCCCCCUCCCUGAGGAGGGAGGGGGGAGGAGGAGGAGGAGGCAGGGACCCCUCGCUGGGAAGGGGGGUGCCAUGUCCCUCCCCCCCCAACCCCACCCCACCAUGCCCGCUGGCCAGGAGCCGACCGGUGUGUCCCCCCCCUCUUCCUGACCUGCCCCCCCCCCCUUCGCCUCACCCCGUUCCUUUUUU